CGUCGUUUCGCGAAAUGUUGCAACCAAUUGUAGUAUUGUAGUGUGCAGGUAGGUAGGUACGCUUGAUUGCAAGGCUAAAUUUCCUUGCGCCGAGUCAAUAACGAAAACGAUCUUGUUCCUCGAGAAUUUUCCUUAGACACUUCUCGCGAGCUCGAUGUAGUUGACAUAUCAACGUUUCUCAUAUUCGACGUUUUCGUACUUUCUCGCGCGUGGAAAGAACUCGAAGAUAUCCCCGAGACACGAUCCUCGAUUCCGUUCAGCUUGCGACGACGACGACGCAUCACUCUAGAAAUGCACCAUAUUCGGUGUUAAUCGGCAAGAAGGCCGUACCUUGGAUCGAUGAGAAGAAAGAACUCAAUUAUAUCAGUAUGCAGAACGACGAGAAUAAAACGCACGACGCUGUAGUGGAUAGCGAUGACGAGGAUCAGAGUUUUGAUACCAAGAAAUCCACUGCGGAUCGCGACGACGAGGUUCCCAGUCGCGGCACCGACAAAGCCACCGCGGAUCAUGACGAGGAUGGAUCGAGCCGUGGCAACAAGAAGUCCACUUCGAGUAGUAACGACGAGAAUCCCGGUUGCGGCACCAAGAAAUCCGUUGCGAAGAAUGAGAGCUAUGCAUGGCCUAUGUAUCGCGCGUCCACCUCGCGAGAGAAAUUGCUCGCCACUCCGGAGGAUGAUUAUGGCUGCGAGCACUAUAAACGAAAGUCCAAAUUUGUGACUCCUUGCUGCAACAAAGUAUAUACAUGUCGUUUUUGUCAUGAUGAGCAGGAGGCACACACAGUAAAUAGGAAAGAAGUCACAGAAUUGAUAUGUGUUCUCUGUGAUACUCGUCAACCUGUUCAAGCCACUUGUCAAAAUUGCCAUUGUCAAUUUGGCAAAUAUACAUGCCUCGAAUGUAAUCUUUUUGACGAUGAGGAUAAAAAUCAAUACCAUUGCGACGGUUGUGGAAUAUGUAGAGUCGGUGGCCGUGACAAGUUCUUUCACUGUGCAAAGUGCAACAUGUGUUUGCCAGUUCAACUACAAAAUGGACAUACGUGCAUAGAGAAUGUCUCACAUUCCAAUUGUCCUGUGUGCCUCGAAGAUAUUCAUACGAGUCGCACACCAUGUCACAUUCCCGGUUGUGGACACUUGCUACAUCGUACAUGUUUCAAGGAAUUGUUGCAGUCAGGACAUUAUGCCUGCCCGACAUGUCAAGUGUCGCUUUUAGAUAUGACGGAUUUAUGGAAAUAUUUAGAUGCAGAAGUAUCACUAACACCGAUGCCAGAGGAAUACAAGGACUAUAAAGCUGAUAUUUUGUGCAAAGACUGCCACGAGGAAUCGACAGUGAAGUUUCAUAUUGUUGGAUUGAAGUGCUUAAACUGUGGUAGUUAUAAUACCUGCAGGAUAAAAGGCUCACCUUCUCCAGUUUGUACAGAUCCAGAUGUCCUACCAGAAGCAGCAGCUGGUGGUAGUAGUAAAGAAGAGAAGGAGCAAUCGUAAGGCUAAAAAUCGGAGUAUCAUCUGAAAUUAUCUAUCAAUUACGGAAGAAGUACAUCAUACUAGUAUUGUUGGGAAAAAUUUUAUAGAUAAAUUUUGUCUUUGACAUUUUGUAGCAAAUUGCGCUUUUUGUUGCCUUUAUAGUACUCUAAUCGAGAAUUAUUUAGCUAAUUGCAAAUUUUAGUACAUAAAAAUUAAAUAUUAUUAUUAAAUGAGGCCAGAUGUCAUCAAAAAAGUACAUAGCUGUUUUCAGUGAUUAUCUGUGACACAUUUUAUUGUAAUUUUUUGGAUCCAAUAUGUAGAUCAUUUCAUUACCAUCUUAAAAUCUUUAAAAAAAUGAUACAUAGAUUUCUUGUUUUUUUGUCUCGUUGAUUACAUUGUAGUUAAAAACAAUAGUUAAUGAAGUGAUCAACAAGAGAACAUUUUGUGGACAUUCCUUUUCACAUAUGUACACAUGGGGACAAAAGUGUUUUAAUACAUGAUUUUAGGCAGCAGACACACCACACACACAUAUAUAUAUAUACAUAUGGAACAUCCAAUAUUCUUCGAUAUGUAUAUACACAAAUUCAUGUUAAGACAUUUCUAUUCUUGUGUAUACAUCAUGUUUACAUUAAGGAUUGUUAUUUGUUUUUAGUAUUUUUAUUUUAUGAAUAUACAGGGUGUUCCACAAUUUGUGUACUACCUGUUAAUAGCAGAUUCUUGAAGAUAUUUGGAAAUAAAAAU